AUGUGUGUGCAGGUGUACUAAAAGCUGAACUAUCAUAUCCAAUAAUAAGAUCUCUCUAUUUAAAGAUUUCAUAGAAGAAAAAGUCGGCCCAAGUCUCUUUAAACAGGAAGGACGGAAGGAAGUUUAGUAGAGCGAAGAACAACAACUGUGGAUCGAUGAUUUAUACAACUCAUGUCACAGAUGGUGACAACAUGGAACUGACUCGAUACAAACAGCAAGGGAUCAAUAUGAAGUCAUAAAAAUCCCGUUUCCCCCUCAUACGCUGAACUCCUGACCCCAGUUUGUGACAGACUGUGCUGCAUCUCUCCCAGGACUCCCACUGUCCUGGGAAAGAUAAGUCCUGUCAUCUGCUUCAUGACACAGAGGCGGCAUCACGCCAGGUGGCCCCUAAUAACCUCCGUGUGCUGUCACCAGUGAGUCACACACACACACAUACACCUGCAAACCCACACAAAACAGUGGUGUAAAAAAAUAUGUUAUACAACAGGUAACUCUAACCAAGCUAUGAUUGGUCAAAGACAAAACCAGACUGAUAGUUCCCUUCACUGGUUGCUUGGCUGUUUGUUUGUGUGUGUGUGUGUGUGUGUGUGUGUGUGUGCUGUGUGUGUGUCAGUACAUGAUCCUUCCUGUUUUCCCCCUUGAUAGCAUUAUCUUUAAACUGUGAGUAACUUUAAAGAAUAAAUGCACGUACUUUGAAAAGAGUUUCCCCUCGGGGAUCAAUAAAGUAUUUCUGAUUCUGAUUCUGAUACUUGUAAACUUAAACACUCAACUCUCAACUUAAAGGUCCAGAAUGUAACAUUUAGGAGGAGCUGUUUGCAGAAAUGGAAUAUAAUAUUUGUAUGUUUUCAUUAGUGUAUAAUCGCCUGAAAAUAAGAAUAGUUGUGUUUUCAUUACCUUAGAAUUUAUCUACAGCUGGAGCAGGUCCUCUUCCACGAAGGUCGCCAUGACAAACCAAUCACUGGCUCUAGAUGGGGCCUUUUGCGUUUUUCACAAGUUUCGCAGUCAUCAUAGUUUCUCCUACACACUUGGAACGGGAGGAUGAUCCGAGCAGUAUUCAAAUGGUUGCAAACUGCAAUUUCACCUCUAGAUGCCACUAAAUCCUACAUACUGGACCAUUAAACAUCCACACACAGCCAUUGUACCGGCCUUUCUCAAGUGUUGCAAAUUUCCACUCCAUCCUCUUGAAUUUAUUAUAUAUUUCUUCCUACUGAUAUUAAUUAAUAGAACCAGCUUCUAUAGUGUUUGGAUGAAAAAAAAAGUCAGCAUGCUUGAGGGCCUCCAUGGCAUAUUUCUGAGAAGCAGGGCCCUUUAUUAUUCCUUCUCUAUCAUCUUUGCUCUCAAUUUGUUUGCAUUAUUCCUUUAAUCCUCACGGUGGCACUCUCCACUGACUGUACCACCACAGUAUGCACACACACAUACUGUACACACAUUGGGCUUGUGUAAUCCCUUUCAUUUUUGAUGAGUCAAAGCCAGCAGUCACUCUCCUCAGGGGAAAUGGAGGUACUGUAAAGAGGAGGAAUAGGACACAGAGGAAAAGUUUACCCAAAGUUUGUGAAUUUGACAUAAGGCCACCAGCAUUCUCUUUGUGGGUGGUUUGUUUGAUGAGACUGAGUCGUCACCCAGCCCUUAGCCUCAUCUUGUCAAUCCAUCACUGAGUGAGGUGAGGAGAAUAGCGAGUGGAUUGAGUUUCUUGUGGCUGGAAGAUGAUCCUCGAGUAUUUCAGGAGCAGCAGAGCCAGGGUCUCUGUCAGUGUCACCUUGAAGGCAGGUGGGAGUGACGAUGUUUGUGUAAUGUCUCAGAGCCCCCGUCUGCCAGUUCCACUGGUGUACUGAGAGACAGACUCAACUUUGGACCACCUACACACAGUAUAUAGUUUCAGUGUAUCACACAGCACUAAAAGGUACUAUGUACCAGAUAUUUUUUGUGGGCAUAAUUUCAACUGUUAUGAAAGAGCAGUGUCAGCAGGUAAAACCUGAUAUUGAUGCUAUCUGGACUGGCCACAUUCCCAUAAGUUCAUAAAGGUGACAAACUGGAGCUGCAAGACAAGGUUCAACAUUAGCCAAUCAACCUUAGAACAUUGCAUUACUCUGUGAGUUGGUCACGAUACCAUUGUCUAUGUCUGCCUUAUUUAUUUAAAACCUAUUUUCCAGCGGUAGGUUGCAUCUUUAAAGGUUAAUUUUUUCACAGUUUCCUGCAGUCUACCCAUGAUAAAAUAUUUGUCUGUCGCAACAAUAAUGUUUAAAUUCAACAUACUGUGCCGAGGUUUCCAGUAACAUCACAACAAACAUGGCUCUACCCUUUUCUUGUUUGUACAGUUUGUACAGCUCAUACAGUAUAGUACAGUAUAUGCUAGUAGUACUUCCAUAAAGCUAUAAAGUCAUGAUCCUUUUUCAGCUAUUAUAGUAGGCUACUGUGGGAUGGUACUUUGGCACUACAGUGUUGGUCCAGUGCAAUUACAGUGCAAAGGCAUGGUAACUUGGUCAUUGCCAUCAUGUUACACUGCUAUAGUGCUGGUGGAACUUGAUUUCUGAGUUUAACUUUUUAUAUAUGCAAAGUUGCCAGGUGCAGCUUUAAAUGCAUCUUUUAGGAAGAUUUUAGAAAUCCAGCCCUGCUUUUUGAGUUAGGCAGGGAUCCAUAAGUAUCAAUGACAUAAUUUUCUAUUAGCCAGUACUGACCCCCAUCUACUGUACCAUGCGCAUAUGGUGGACUAUUUGAAAUACAAAAUAAAAUCUCAGAUGGGGACUUCUUAACAUGAAAAAUGUUUUAUGUUGGAUGAUAGGCUUGAAAUUAAAGGUCAUUUUCAGACACAGUUAGACACACACACGCACGCACUCCCCUACUUUAGCUCUAGCUCAACAGAGUGGCUCCUGAUCGAGAGAGUCACUUAUUCGUCGUCAUGAAUAAAUCACACCCACUCCUCCUCUCUUCUACUCUGCACCACUGCCUUUUCCAAAACACACCAACACACGCACACACACAUGUUCACAAGCAAACACACUGUACAAAUACAAACUAUGCUAUAAGUUGCAUCCUUUGCGCUACAUAGACACACUAUUUCCCCUUUGUUGCACUACAGAAAGGGCAUUUGAUGAUAACACAGUGUCCCUUAAAAUGUUGCAAAAAACAUUCUACUUAAAAAUUGACUUUUUAAACGUUUUAUUUAAUUUUUGACAUCACAUAAAUCUUUCUCAUUUUUUUUUCAUCAUGGUGGGCCUUUAAAAUGCACCUCUGCAGACAACACAGAUUAUACAAAAGAGGUUUCGCUAAUAUCAUCUCUUUGUGAUCCCUCUGAAAUAUACAGACAGUCGAGGAAAGAACACAAUCCCUUGCUCUCUCUACGCCUCAAGAAGACAUUUGUCACUUUCCAUUUUACAGCCCCCCUCCCUCUCCUCCCCCCUCUUCACAGUAAAACGGAGUUCAUGUCGUGCUGCAUUUCCCUGAGGCAAACUGAUGGCUACACCCAGAGAACCAGGCGUACAUACACAGCAAGACAGAGUAACUGCUCCUUUUAUGCCACUUUGUUUAUGCUAUACUCUUAUUUUAGACACUGAAGCUUUCUUUUUCUGCACAUUAUUUCUUUUUGUCUCACUGUUAGCCCUCUUUUUUCUUGUUGUUGUUACUAUUGCUCAAUUUCAAGUUAUAUAUUCCUUUUCAAAUGUUACCGUUUCCCACCAAUCCUUUCAUCUAAUCCAUUUCAAUGUAUCACCCCCACCCACUUUGUCAGCCUCAUUCUUACAUCAUCGUCAUCUUUCCUUCUCCUGCCAUGGAUCUCAAUCUGUCCAGCAUAGGCCUCACUUACACUGUGGGCAAAAAGCCUGUGAAAUUUCCCACAGGGUGAGGCAACAUGAGUUUGCUUCUACAGCGCAGGAAAUGGACUAGUAUCUGAGGCAUUGAUUUCCUCUUAGUAUUAUGGGAAGGAGAUGGCAGUGAGGUGAAGGCUAAGAGCCUUGUGGUCGAUACACAUUCUCAUCACAACACCGGAUGUUCCUCCCUAGUCAGAUUGGUUUCAAUGCCCCGGCACAGGCAGUAAUCGUUAUUGGGUGACUCUAUUAAUUGAGCAGUGUCAAGCAACAAAAGAAAGAUGGCAGGGGUUAUUUAUUUUUUGUUAGGGAUUUACAGUAUAGUUUGAAAUAUAAGCUGUAGCAGUUAUAAUAGCACUUUAAUAGGAGUGGCAGUGAAAAGAAUAGCAGUAAUGACAGUAUUAGUGACUAAUUCUGGUAACCGUGGUAGUAGUAGUAAUAGUAGUAAUAUAUAAUGCUUUAUUAUGGACUCUUUGUGUAACUUUGUUACACACAAAAGACACAAAGCUCUUAUGUAAUACUGACUGCUGAAUUGAGAGCAAGACAGGUCUCUCCAGAUUUUUGAUCUGACUGAUGUGUUUGUUUGAUAAGCAUUACCUAUUUUUCUUUUCUUUUCUUCCCUGUCAAAUAAAUCUUGCUAACCUGACUUGCUGCCAUUAUAACAUGCUUGUUUCCACAUCAUUCCAAAUGUAUCUGGUUCAUGGGACCUUUUCACAGCAGAUGUUUUGACUUGUAAUAACAGGAAAAUCACAGGUGGAACAAAUAACAUUAAUGAUGGCACUGAUCCAGUAUUGCAUUGCAUGAAUUAAUAAUGGUAUUAGUUACACGUCUGUAUGACAUGUAAAAAUUUGGUUGAACUGACCAUUUAAAGGCCCUAAAAAACUUAUUUUCACAAACUCCAUACAAAGACCGAAGGGUAAUAAUAAUAAUUGUGGUUUAUGGGAGUUCAGGACAUAUAACAUGUUAAUUGGUGAAAUGUAGAGGUGUUUUAGGCUGAUUUUGUUAACUUCAGACAGAGCCAGGCCAGCUGUUUGCCUCUGUUUCCAGUCUUUAUGCUAAGCUAACCGGCUGCUGGCUGUGGCUUCAUAUUUAGAGGACAGAGAUGAGAUUGUUAUCGAUCUUAUCUCACUCUCAGCAAAAAAAGCAAAUAAGCGUAUUAUUCCCAAAAUAUUGAACUAUUUCUUUAAGACCAUUGUUUUAUCAGUAUUUAUUCUUUUAUGCACCACAUUCACAAAACUCUUUUGCUUUGCCAUUAUUUCAUUCAACUCAUGUUGUUCAUGUUUUUCCUGUCUAUUCUCCUGUGAUGUUGGCACUGACUGCAGGUUGAGUUUGUGUUUUGUACCUUUAUGACCAAAAGUUGACCAUUUUAAGCUGAUCUUGACUUUCCACAAGUAGUUUUUCUUGUACUUAGGUGUUGUUAGCCAAGAACAAAAUGUCUGUUUAUACUGUCUGUAUAGUAUAUAUGUGUGUCUGGUGUAUGUGUGUGUGUGUGAUUUCAGUAGCCCAGGUCUUCCCAGCCAUCAUAUGAGGCGCCUGAAAGUACAGAGGAAUGUAGCAACGAACUGCAAAGACAGAAGCCUCUGUCUCUCACACACACACACACACACACACACACACACACACACACACACACACACACACACACACACACACCUCUACCAACUUCUUGCCCAUCUUAGAGACAGCAGUUUUUCUCCACCCACCACAGCAGCUGGCACAAGCUCAGCCCCAUCUCACAAAACCAAGAAGAAGCCCCAGAAAAAGACGACAACUCAUACUUAAUGGACAGAUAAGACUUUUGGACAAGCUCCUCGGUCACACAGAUCUGCCCAUUUUUCUGCAGUAGCGAUCCAGUUUGAGAUUUAUUGACUGCAGACUAAGCAGAACAGAAAAAUACAGACAAAAUCAUUGCUGGAGAUGAGGGGAGGAAUCUGCUCUGUGUUUUUCCUGGUGAUUGGGGUGACCUUGCUCAGUGGCCUUGGCUGCCUGGGUGUACACAAGUCUAUGGAAAGGCCCAGGCCCCCACACCUUAUCUUUAUCAUGGUGGAUGACCAGGGUUACGGAGACAUUGGCUACCAUGGCUCGGACAUCCACACUCCUGUGUUGGACAAGCUGGCAGCAGAGGGGGUCAAACUUGAAAAUUAUUACGUCCAGCCUAUCUGCUCACCCUCUCGCAGUCAACUCAUGACAGGGCGCUACCAGAUUCACACUGGACUCCAGCAUUCGAUCAUCCGACCACGUCAACCUCUCUGCCUGCCUCCAGACAUUCCCACACUACCAGAGUGUCUGGUUGAAGCUGGAUACUCCACACACAUGGUGGGGAAAUGGCACCUGGGCUUCUGCAGGCCGAGCUGCCUACCCACAGGACGUGGCUUUCAGAGUUUCCUGGGCACACUGACUGGCAGUGGAGACCAUUUCUCCUAUAAGAGCUGUGACGGGGCUGAAGCUUGUGGAUUUGACCUGCAUGACGGAGACAGGCCUGCCUGGGAGAUAACCGGCAACUACUCCACUCUGCUCUACAUAGAGAGAGUGAAGCAGAUCCUGAGGAGCCACGAACCCCAUAAACCACUCUUCCUCUAUCUGUCCCUUCAGGCUCCCCAUACACCCUUGCAGGUACCAGACCAUUUUCUGCACCACUAUGAUUCCCAAGGCAAUCGUCUCAGGCGCCACUAUGCAGCCAUGCUGAGCUGCCUGGACGACGGGGUUGGAAAAGUGGUCCAGGAACUGAAGACUAGUGGGCUCUAUCAAAAUUCAGUACUGAUCUACUCAUCUGAUAACGGUGGGCAGCCGCUCUCUGGGGGGAGCAACUGGCCACUGAGAGGUGGCAAAGGGACCUACUGGGAAGGGGGCAUCCGGGCUGUAGGCUUUGUUCACAGUCCCCUCCUGAAGAGGAAGGGUGUAGUCAGCAGAGCACUGAUCCAUGUUUCUGACUGGUAUCCCACAUUACUGGGGCUGGCCGGGGCCCUGCAGUCCCACCGUGGCCUAGACGGUCACGAUGUGUGGGGGACCAUCAGCGAGGGCCUACCCUGUCCUCGCACUGAAAUCCUAUUCAACAUUGAUCCUGUCUCCAGGAAGCCCGGGGAGCCAUAUGACAAGGCGUUGGUACUCAAUGGCUUUGGGAUCUGGGACACAGCCGUAAGGGCAGCAAUAAGAGCUGGGGACUGGAAGCUAUUGACAGGAAAUGUAGGUGACGGGGACUGGAUACCACCACAGGCUCUUCCCAGUGGUCCAGAACGGUGGCAAAGACUUGAGAAGCGGCGCAAUAAGCUGGGGAAGUCAGUUUGGCUGUUUAAUGUUACCUGUGACCCCUACGAGAGAUCUGACCUGGCGGAAGCUCGUCCAGAGGUAGUGAAACAUCUGCUGACCAGGCUGGCAGAGUACAACCAGACAGCUGUGAUGGCCAGGAAUCCACCAGAUGAUCCUAUGGCUGACCCUGAGCUCCACGGAGGGGUGUGGAGCCCCUGGCUGGGCCUGGAGGGGGAUAGUGGAGAGGCGGAUGGCAGGAAAGAAAGGAUGAUGAAGAUUAAGCAUUGCAAACUAUGCAAAUUAAAAGCCCUCUUCAAGAAGGUGGGGUCACGCCUGCAGAGGAACACUCUGUUCUUCUAAGUGUCUUGUCUAGCAACAUUAAUUGGACUAAAGGGUUCAGUAUGCUUCAAACGAACUAGGUUGUACGGAAUGUCGUCUGAACAUAUCUGAAGGCAAAAGUGUUGAUACCUGUUCCAUACAGACACACUCAAAGGCAGCGCAAAAAAAAAUAAAAUUCCUGACAGGAAUUCACUGUGUUGUCCUUGGCUGUGCCCACAAAAAGUGACAGAAGUAGCUGUGUGAAUAAUGAAAAAAAAGAGCAGUCAGCAUGCUUGUUGUAUUGUCGAUUUUGGAAAGUUGCAAAAAUUAGAGAUGCAGCCAAUCUGAACAUCAGAAAUUUGUGAGGGUAGGCGGUCUCAGACGCUGUUUGAUGAUCUGACAAGGACUUCAUUUGAAGCAUACUGACGCCUUAAACCAGGAGGAAGUGAAAGGGAGAGACAGAGACAAACAAAAAUACAGACCAGCAAACAAGCAGGCAGGUCAGAUAGACAAGACAGACCCAAAAUCAAAUACUGAAGGUCGGCAGAGAAACAGGCAGCCUUACAGACAAAGCAGACAGGGCUGUGCGGCUGGCUGAGCAAGCUGACUCACUCACUGUCCUGCGGCCAAACUGUAGCAGGGUGACUUUGGGCCGUCGUUGGACUGUGUAGGGAGCAAUGUGUGUGUCAUUGUGCAUGUAUGCCUGUAUUCAUGAAUAGUUUGAUUAAUACAGAUAGAGUGCGUGCAUGUGGAAGUGAGGCCUGAAGUGACGGGAAGAGGAAGAAAGGCACGGACGGUGACCUCUCGAUGUCUCAUCUCCUAAUCAUCCAAGAGGACCCUUUAAGGAUGACAAAAAGACACCCACGGGGGUUGUUUUUGUCAAAUGUCACCUUGUUCUUUUGUUCUUAGGGUUUAUACAGAUUAAUUUCUGCUCAUACUGUAGCACACGCUGCUGCCUUUGAAAGACCUCUGACCACCACACAAUGUCCAGUCCCUGCAGCAGUUACUAACCAACAAAAGCUCAGUAGCUGACACUAUCAGUCUUUUCUGGACUUUUAAAUGUUACUUAACUCAUCUACUGUGUUAUAAAAUGCUGGAAAACUGAUUCAAAGGAUCCAAAUAAAAUCAUGAAUGCAAAAAAAUCAAUCAUCUCAUGACACAAUCUCUGCAGAAAGUCAUGGACCAAACCUGUUUGGCACUCAGAAAAAGCCAGCUUUAUUUUACAGGUCCGUAAAUUUCCUAACAAUUUACAAGAUGUUUCCUGGCAUGAACAAUGUAAUUUGGUACUGAUUAUAAGGAAAAUAGAGAAUGUUAAAUUGGUACCUCUGUGGUAAAUGUACCUCUGUAUCUGCUUGCAUAUGACAAAUAAUAUGUGGUUAGGGAAUGGUUAGGCUUAGCUAGGCAAUUAAACACAAAGGAGAACUCCACCGAUUUUACGCAUCAAAGUCUGUUUAUAAGUGUUAGGGGUUAGGGGGGUACUACCGCAUAUGGGAAAAAAGUUGUAUAAAGUGGCUCCAGAGGGAGCUGCGUGAAAUCUGAUCAAAUUACUCAAGUGAUGUCAUUUGAGUCAUCGCUGGUUGAGGCUGAAGACUACAAGUUUGAAAUUUUUAAAAAUCAGAGGGUGUGGAAAGAAGUGAGCUUACCAGACCUCUGUAGCCCGCUCCUCAUCUCUACUUGAGGCUAGCGGCUCAAGGCUACAUUAGCUGCUACUAGCAUAAUACACCCAAAUCUCUGACUGAACUGUCUGUGGCCACGUUGCAUUGUGGGUUAUGUAGGCACCAGGUUUUGACAAGGAAGAAGAAUGCAUGGAAUAAAAAAGAUUAUAUUUCUG